AAAGAGAGUUUCAGCUGGCGAUGGAACAGCUACGCAAGGAACAGAGGGUAAUUUGACAACUAGCAGUCUGAAAUAAGUACCAAAGUAGUGCCAAAUACAAUUGUAUUUUGUCUUUCCUUUUACGGCUGUCAAUUCCCAGUGGAUAAAAUCAAGUAAAAUGGAUUGCGAACGUCAUUUCAUGUUGAUUUUGAAUACAAAUUAAAAUAAUGAAAUAAUGCUCCUUUCCCAGCGCCUACCUAAAAUGUGUUGCUUUACACUGCAAGAAACAUGUAUAGUACUGUAGGAAAAUACACAAUUAUUAUAGAAUUAUUAUACUCAUUGCAUUUAAUUUCAAUGGCAAAUUCAGCUCAAGCACAUCUGAUUUUUCUGUUCUCGUAGGCAUUAUCAAAACAGCGCAGAAAGGAGGCUGAGCUGGCUCUGGCAGCGGAUUUAUCUCCAUCACCUUUCUUACGGAAAGACUCGCUGAAAUGCCGAAGUAGAAUGAGAUCCCACAGAACGCUUUCAGAGGAGAUGGAGGAGAACUCUUUGCCAAAAUUUGACCCAUUUGAUGACAAACCAGCUCACCCUCUCCUAGCCACUCUCUCCUCCCAUCCUCUGAGCACCCGUCGCGGAAGCCAAGUCAGCAUCUUUACCUUCCGGCCACGCAAUAAUUCAGAGGCCGACUUUGCAGAUGACGAACACAGCAUCCAUGAUGAUGGACGAAGCCGAGCGGGUUCCAUGGCUAUACCGUGGAACAAGCGUCGUACGGGUAGCAUCAGGAGUCACUCGUCACAGGUGUUCAUGCCCACCCUCACCCUUAACGGCAGACUAAACCUUCCUCUGGACCAGAACGGCAUCACCAGCAUCAGCCCACACACCCCGACCCACGCGUUCAGCAUGGAAAAGGUCUGGGAGGAUAUGGAGCCAGUGUGUCAGAAUGAACAGACCACUGCAGCUGCCAAGCUGACUGUCGACGUGCAGGAGGAGGUCCCGCCCCCUCGCAGGAAGAGAGGACUGAGCUCUGUCAGCUUCUUCAGUGAAGCCAUGGAUGAACUUGAAGAGGCCCAUCAGAAGUGUCCUCCAUGCUGGUAUGAAUUUGCGAAGAAGUACCUGGUUUGGACAUGCUCUCCAGCCUGGCUGAGAGUGAAGGAAGGGCUUAAAGUCAUGGUGAUGGACCCCUUCCUGGACCUUGCAAUUACUAUUUGCAUUGUACUCAACACAUUGUUCAUGGCGCUGGAGCACUACCCCAUGACUGAUGAAUUCAACAGCAUGCUGACUGUUGGAAACCUGGUGUUCACUGGAAUCUUCACGGCAGAGAUGGUGAUGAAGAUCUUUGCUUUGGAUCCAUACUAUUACUUUCAGCAAGGCUGGAACAUUUUUGAUGGAAUUAUUGUUUCUUUGAGUCUGAUGGAGUUGGGCCUUUCCAACGUGGAGGGUCUGUCUGUCCUCCGCUCGUUUAGACUGCUGAGAGUUUUGAAACUAGCAAAGUCAUGGCCCACCCUCAACACGCUGAUAAAGAUCAUCGGUAACUCUGUGGGUGCCUUGGGGAACCUGACGCUAGUCUUGGCCAUCAUCGUCUUCAUCUUCGCUGUAGUGGGCAUGCAGCUGUUUGGAAAGAACUAUCAGGACUGCGUGUGUAAGAUCAGCUACGACUGCACCCUUCCUCGCUGGCACAUGAAGGACUUCUUCCACUCGUUCCUCAUCGUGUUCCGGGUCUUGUGCGGAGAGUGGAUCGAGACCAUGUGGGAUUGUAUGGAGGUGGCUGGACAGCCGCUUUGCAUUCUGGUCUUCAUGCUGGUCAUGGUCAUAGGAAACCUGGUGAUGUUGAAUCUGUUUCUAGCCCUAUUGUUGAGCUCCUUCAGCUCUGAUAAUUUGUCAGCGCCCGACGAAGAUGGAGAAAUGAACAACCUUCAGAUAGCCAUCAGUCGAAUCCACUUUGGUUUCACUUGGCUGCUGGACGGCAUCAAAGAUCUCUUCAACGGGAACCUGGCAGGCUGCAGACAAAAGGCCAAAGAGAAGCAGGUGUCACUGAAAGAGAAUCACACUGAGUGCAACGGCGGUGUGGGAAGUUUAGAGCAGCAUGGAGGGAAGUACAUUACUCUAGAAGGAGAGGACAGUUACAUUACCAAUCCCAACCUUACCAUCUGUGUGCCCAUUGCGCCAGGAGAGUCGGACGUGGAAUUCCUUGAGGAGGAGGAUGAUGAGGAGACAGAGUCAUCAGAGGAUGAAGAGCAGAAACUGGAAGUCAGCCUCUCUGAAGGAAGCACUGCGGACUUGAGGAAGCCUGGGGAAGAUGAGGAGGAAUAUUCUGAGAUGGCAGAUGAUGGCAUGGAUCCAGAAGAGUGUUUCCCUGAGUUCUGUAUGCAGCGCUGUGAGUGUUGUAACAUCAACACGGCGAGAGGUCUGGGUCAAGCGUGGUGGAGGUUGAGGAAGACCUGCUAUCAGAUUGUGGAGCACAGCUGGUUUGAGACCUUCAUCAUCUUCAUGAUCCUCCUCAGCAGUGGCGCUCUGGCAUUUGAAGACAUUUACAUCGAACAGCGGAAGGUGGUGAAGGUGGUGUUGGAAUAUGCUGAUAAGGUGUUCAGCUACAUCUUCGUGCUGGAGAUGUUUCUGAAGUGGAUCGCGUAUGGCUUUAAGAAAUACUUCACUAACUACUGGUGCUGGCUGGACUUCCUGAUUGUGGAUGUUUCUUUGAUUAGCUUGGUCGCUAACUCUCUGGGCUACUCGGACUUUGGGGCCAUUAAAUCUUUGAGGACUCUAAGAGCUCUGAGGCCCUUGAGGGCCCUGUCUAGAUUUGAAGGAAUGCGGGUGGUGGUGAAUGCACUGAUCGGGGCCAUCCCGUCCAUCAUGAACGUACUGCUGGUGUGCCUGAUCUUCUGGCUCAUAUUUAGCAUCAUGGGUGUCAAUCUGUUCGCUGGGAAAUUCGGGAAAUGUGUCAACAGGACAGGAUACAUUCACAGUGUAACCCUGGUCAACAACAAGAGUGACUGCCAGGCCAUGAAUGACACCCAGUUCUACUGGACCAAAGUGAAAGUCAACUUCGAUAAUGUGGGCCUUGGAUACCUCUCACUUCUGCAGGUGGCAACAUUCAAAGGCUGGAUGGAAAUCAUAUAUGCCGCCGUUGAUUCCCGUGGAGUUGAGGAGCAGCCCGUCAAAGAGAUAAACCUCUACAUGUACCUCUACUUUGUAAUUUUCAUCAUCUUCGGAUCCUUCUUUACCUUAAAUCUGUUCAUCGGUGUCAUCAUCGAUAACUUCAAUCAGCAGAAAAGAAUGAUAGGUUGCCAGGAUAUAUUCAUGACCGAAGAACAGAAAAAGUACUACAACGCUAUGAAGAAACUUGGUUCGAAAAAGCCACAGAAGCCAAUUCCAAGACCAGUGAACAUUUUACAAGGAUUCUUUUUCGACUUGGUGUCCAAGCAAGCCUUUGACAUUACCAUCAUGAUGCUCAUUAUUCUCAACAUGAUAACCAUGAUGGUCGAGACCGAUGAACAAUCUGCUCGCAUGGAGACCGUCCUCAAUAACAUCAACCUGGCCUUCAUUGUCAUCUUUACCACUGAAUGCCUCAUCAAGAUAUUUGCCCUCCGCUGUUAUUUCUUCACCAUUAGUUGGAACAUAUUUGACUUUGUAGUCGUGAUUCUGUCCAUCGUUGGAAUUGUCCUUGCUGACAUAAUAGAAAAAUACUUUGUGUCCCCAACUCUGUUUCGAGUGAUCCGGCUGGCAAGAAUAGGACGAGUUCUCAGACUAAUACGAGCAGCUAAAGGAAUAAGGACGUUACUUUUUGCCUUAAUGAUGUCGCUGCCAGCUUUGUUCAACAUUGGCCUCCUGCUCUUCCUGGUCAUGUUCAUCUAUGCCAUUUUUGGCAUGGCAAACUUCGCCUACGUAAAGAAGCAGGGCGGGAUUGACGACAUGUUCAACUUUGAAACCUUCGGGAACAGUAUGAUCUGCCUUUUCCAGAUCACCACAUCGGCCGGUUGGGAUAACCUACUGGAUCCCAUUCUCAACAACUCUCCGGAAGAAUGCAGCUCGAGUUACAUCAACACCGGAACCAACACUAAGGGUAACUGUGGCAACCCCUCGGUAGGGAUCACUUUCUUCGUCAGUUACAUCAUCAUUUCCUUCUUGAUCGUGGUCAACAUGUACAUAGCCAUCAUUCUGGAAAACUUCAGCGUGGCCACCGAGGAGAGCACUGAACCUCUGAGCGAGGAUGACUUUGAGAUGUUCUAUGAGGUAUGGGAGAAGUUUGACGUUGAGGCCACACACUUCAUAGAGUACUCCAAACUCUCGAGUUUUGCCAACAACCUUUCCGAACCUCUGAGGAUCGCCAAACCCAACAGAAUCAAACUCAUCAACAUGGAUCUACCCAUGGUCAGCGGCGACAGGAUCCACUGCUUGGACAUCCUGUUCGCCUUCACUAAGCGGGUCCUCGGGGAGACUGGAGAAAUGGACGCUUUGAAGCAGCAAAUGGAGGAGAAGUUCAUGAUGACGAACACUUCCAAGAUCUCCCACGAGCCCAUCACCACCACACUGCGGCGCAAGCAGGAGGAGAUUUCGGCAUCCCUGAUCCAGCGUGCCUACAGGCGGCACCUGGUUAGACGGCAAAUGAAGCAGGCUUCUUACCUGUACAGGCACAUAAAACAAAACGCACCCUGGUCGGAAGAGGACUGCGCUCUGGAGCGGGAAGGACUCAUAGCGUCUAUGAUUAAAGAGCACUACGGUCCCGAGAAGGGGCCACCGUACUUAGCAUGCUCUCCGCCGUCCUAUGAGGCUGUAACAAGGGAUCCUAGUGACCAUUUCAAGAUGUUAAUACCUGACUCUCAAUCUAGUGAGCCUCCUAAAUCAGAAGAGACGUAUGACGAGACCUUUCUUUAGGAACUCUUUUCUAAGUCUAAUCUAAAUCUAAUCAGGAGGAAUUCAAAUGCAAACAAGUUUUCACUUUUUUAAUGUCAGAAAAAGUUUGGACAACCUGUUGUUUUUGUCAUAAAAUAUGGCAUGGUAUCAUGGCGGAGCUGACAAAAAUAAAUGGAUAUAUCAACAUGAGGAUGUACACGCUAACCUUUCGCUCAGAUGUGUUGCACAUAUCACAAUUGUAAUAUAUUGCACAGAUGUUAUUUUGGUUGUUUCCUAUAAAGCUCAACAGGCCACAUAGAGUUUUUCCCAGAGUUUUCCAUUGCUCAGGACUAAGUGAGGAAUUGUAUCACUUUUUUUUUUACACUUGAUGAGAGUAACUGUGAUUUAUAGUAUAGU